AUGGCUCCAGGUGGCAAAGAACCUGAGCAACAAUGGCCCCCACGAUCCCCACACGAAGCUCUUCUGAGCACGCCGAAAGGCCGGGAACGAUAUCGCGAAAUGCUCCAAACCUCGCCGAGCCCUUCGCCCUCUCGCGGUAAUCGCCUCAACGUUGGUCCACCUUUGUCUGCAAGUGUCGGACUUGGCAUCAACGAAGCUAGCGAUGACGAUGAAGACGACGAGGAGACUCUGCAGUUGAAGCUCCAGGAAAUCCAGGCAAAGCUGCGGCUCAAGAAAUUACAAAAUGCGCGGGGAGGGAAAUCCGGUUCUGGAGGCACAAGUGGUGGGAGAAGUGCACUUUCAGCCUCGCCUUCCAUCUCCGACCGUCAGCAAAUCCCGAAGAGCCCCAGAUACAAUCAUGAUGCCAUCGAGGUCCCUGCGUCGCCAGUCCGAAAGCUCCAGGCCACGCAACCACAGACAUCACCUAGCCGGGUGCUCUUGGGUAUCGACAAGGGGCUAACAGCUAAAGAUAUAUCUCUAAAGAGAGCCCCAAGCCAUAAACGCCUAAACAGCGCACUGAGCUCGCGAUCAGGUGGCAGCUCACUUGCUGCGUCAGCUUCGGAGGCUCCACCAGCUACCACAUUUAGUGAGCGUCUCGCAGGCCUAAGAACGGAGGAGGCAUUCCGGAAAGAACGGCAAGCUAAGAUUCGAAGCGUUCGUUCCAAUGCCUUUGGCAUUGGAAAGGACGAAAUGGAUGUUUUCAAGAAUGAUGCCGUGGAGAUUCCAAAUGUUCCCUUGGCACCGCCUACGUUUACCCGAGACCAGGUUCUAGGGACCAAUAAAUCUACCAGUGGUUUUCUAGCGAGAAGUCGCACGAUGCCCUCCGGCACGCUCACAUACGGCGCAACCGAUGGCCGAACGAAUGACGCCAGCAAAUCUUUAACCCUAGGUCCUACAUGUGAGGAAGAGCAACCCUCAUAUGAGUUAUACUCGAGCUUCCACCUGUCUCGAAGAAUUCUCCCGCACAACGUCCUCACUCGCGGCGUAUCCGGAAAGAAAUCAUACAACGUCAAAGACUUGCUGUUGAAUGUCAAAGCACCGGACUUCAGCUUGCCUGAUAUCGAACAGGAUAUUGUCGUGUUUGCUAUUCUGGCUAAGAAGUCAGAGCCUCGAUCACGUAUGCCAAGGGUAGGCAAGAAGGACGAGGACAGAGGCAACUAUAUGGUCAUGACCCUUACCGACUUGGAUUUUGAGGUUGAUCUUUUUCUAUUCGACAGCGGGUUCGAACGAUUCUGGAAACUGAGCGAAGGCACAGUUCUUGCCAUCUUGAACCCAAACAUUAUGCCACCGCCGCCAGGCAGACAAGAUACAGGGCGCUUCAGUCUCGUUAUUAACUCUGACGAAGAUACCAUUUUGGAAAUUGGAAUCGCUCGCGAUUUGGGAUUUUGCAAGUCGGUGAAGAAGGAUGGCAAUCCCUGUGGAUCGUGGGUCAACAAGAAGCGAACAGAGUUUUGUGAAUUCCACACAAAUCAAGCGGUCAAGAAACAAAAGUCGUCGCGAAUAGAAAUGAACAGUAGCGGGUUUGGAGGGCCGAAUCGCAGCGGGAAGUCAGCUUCUGGGGGUGAUGAAUGGAGCCCAUGGGGCUGGGGCAUACGGAAAAGGGAAAAAGAAAAGCCCAAGGAAAGGAAGGAUUCCAAUGGGAAAUUCGAUCGGGAGACGGGGACGCAUUGGUUCGUAUCGCGCUCAAUGAGCUCAGCGGACUUGAUCGAUGGGAAAGACAUGAGUCUAGGGGAUCGGAAAGAACGAGCUGAGUUCUUGAAGAGGAGUUUGGAGGCAAAGGAAAAGGAGAGAGAAAUCAUGAAUAAGCUUGGGCAAAUAGGGAGCGCCGCUGGGCGAGAAUACAUGAAGCUCACUGGGGCCAAGGCGGCGACAUCGGCCCAGGAGGCCGGCGGGAGUGAAAUCUCGGCAAGGCCGCCCAGCACAGCAGACUCUGCACAAAGCCUGUUAUCCCUAGAUUUCCUAAGAGGAAGGGGGGCUGAUCGACAUAUUCACUUGAGCCCAGUCAAGCGGAAACGCAACGACAGCUCGCAGUCUAGCGUCGUGACGACGACUAGUAACGGGUCAUCGGCACUCGGCUGGGGCAAGGGUGUCAAGGAGAAGCUGUCGAGUAUGAAGGCUGCGGGUGGUGAAGGGCAGCCUCCAAGGACGCGCUCGCCACGCAAGAAGACGCGUUUUGUCACGGAGAGGGGCAUUCGCGAGGCUGGGAGAGAGAGCCUGGGUGCGGAUCUAUCUGCACGGCCGGGUAUGGCAGAUUUUGAUGACGACGAGCUGGAGAUUGUUCACUCGUGA